CUAAGGGCAUAAACAAAUCAUCAACAUUAAGGAUGGUUCUCGGUCUGGACAAACGUGCCUUGUGGGCAGCACUGCCUCUGCUUGGAUUUGCGAUCGGCCACUUCUUGGACAAGAAGGAAACGGAACGCAUGACCAUGUUCCGGGAUAAGAGUGCCCUCUAUGGCCGCCCUGGCAGCGAGGACAGGCCACCGUCUUGGUGAUUAGGCAUUAGAAUCACAACUAAUUUUUUUUUCUUCUCACUGUCGUUAAAAUAAACUGUAAUAUGGCUAUGUGAAAUGUUCGAAAAUGUGA